GAGGCGAUCCGACAGGGGGAGGGAGGGGGGAUAUCACACGCCUCGAGAGAGGACCUGGACAAGGAGCACCAAACGAUCGCCGGACGGUGCUGAGCAACGUGGUUUCGCUCCUUCCGUUUCUCCGAUCGCUCUCCGACCGAGGGACCCCGAGCAGUCAGGACUCGGCUGCCCUGUCGACACCACAUCCACCACGCGAUCCACACGCGCGCGCGCGAUCGGCAGGCAAGAACGCGCGGGACACAGCCCAUCCACGGCCGUUAUCAGGAUAACAUAAAGGACGAACGAUCGUCGGCCGGAUUACAGAGAGGCGCGAACAUCGAUGAUAUAAAGAUCGUCUGAUGAAGAUCGGCUGACAACGGGGGACUCGGCAGAUAUCUCUCUCUUUGCCUCUCUCCCUCUCGCUCUCUCUCUCCCUCUCUCUCUCUCUCUAGUCAGCGAGGAAGAAGGAUAAUUGUGGGAUAAUUUUUUUCAAUUCGACACGUCGUAUGAUAUCGAGGAUAACGAAACGCGGCGUCGAUCACGGUGACCGGUUGAAAGGAUUUGGAAAGAAACCGCGCCGAAAAACGUGGGCCGCGUGACGCGCGGCGAAAGAGAGCGAGGGAAGGUGUCUGUCGGUCGAACACGUGGUCGUCGCCGUCGCCGCCACCGCCACCGCCGCCGCCACGAGGCACGGCCUCUUGUAACGGAGAAUCGUUUCCGAUUCGUCGUCGCGGAGACUCGUGUUUUCAACAUGUUCGAUCGGACGUUUCGAUCUGGAUACUCGUAGAUAUCUCGUCGAUUGAAGAAUCAAGUGGAAGAAGAAGAAGAAGAAGAAGAAGAAGUGCUCUGAGAGUGCGGGGAUUAGUGUGCCGUUGUUGAAAAACCAGGUGUGCCCUCUCUCUCUCUUUCUCUCUCUCUCUACGUAUAUAUAUAUAUACCGUUUCCCCUCUUCGUUUUCUUCCACCUUCUUCUUCUUCUGUUCCUCCCUUCGACCGACUGACUAUCUUCUCUUUUCUCUCCCGUGGUGAACGCGCAAUUCGAACUGUUUACAUGCAUCGUGGAACGCGGAAAAGAGUUUGACGAAAAAGAAAAAGGAAGGAAAGGAAAGGAAAAGAAAGGAAAGGAAAAGGAUAAGGAGAAAGGGAAAAAAGAAGAAUCGGGAAAACGGGGACAGGUGGAAAAGUGAGAAAUUGAACCGGAAGUGCAGCCAGCUAUCCUAUCUCGGCUUCAAGGUCAUGGAAUGACGCAUAAGAUCAUCCGGAGCGACGAGCAGGAGCAAAGCCGAGGGUGAUAGAAGCGGGUGUGAUGAGCGGAUAUCUCGGUAACAUCCCCCUGCCCCCAACAUUGUUGCACGACCCGAAGUAUCCUCCAGCCAUGCGGGAGAAAGACUCGAGCCCGAGAAAAAUGCCGGGCCACAUAAGCCCGAAGCAAGCUAGCAUCUACCCACUGAGCGUCCGCGUCCCGGACGUGGAGGAAUUGCCGUACGACCUGAGCCACGGCCACGGCCGGGGCCUGUCCAGCCCCACCAACCAGCAACAGCACAGGCAGCAGCAGCAGCAGCCACACAUGAGCCCAGCCGCGAGGCCGCCCCAAUCUCACCACCAGGAGGAUCUCGACUGCGAGCCCCUGGAUCUCCGCGUCGAUCACAAGAAGGAGAGAUUAACGGACGAGAACCAGAACGAGAUCGAGGUGCUGAACCAGAACAGUUUGGGCGGUGGAGGCCUCCCCUAUCACACGGUGCUGUUCCCCCAGCACCACACCGUUCACCCGUUGGUCCUCGAGGCCAUGUACCGCUCCCAUCAUCACACCUCGUCGGUCCCCGACCUGCCCAAGAUCCAGGUGCGAGCUUUGCCCACCAUGGUCCCGUUACCGCCCAACAGAUUCUCUUCCACCACGUCCUCCGCGUCCUCCGUUUCCUCCCAGCCGAGGGUUCCAAGCCCCUCCUCGGCCGGCCAGCAACACCAACCGCCCCAACAAAGUCACGCGACUCAGCAACAGCAACACCAGCACCAACAACAACAACAACAACAACAACAGCAAGCGUCCGCUAUUCCGCCGUAUUCGAUCAGCGUGCAAGCUGGCCUCAAGCCGAAGGACAGAUACUCGUGCAAGUUCUGCGGUAAAGUGUUCCCCAGAUCGGCCAAUCUGACGCGGCACCUGAGGACUCACACGGGCGAGCAACCGUACAAGUGCAAGUACUGCGAGAGGAGCUUCAGCAUCUCGAGCAAUUUGCAACGCCACGUGAGGAAUAUUCACAACAAGGAGAAACCGUUCAAAUGCCCCCUGUGCGAACGGUGUUUCGGGCAGCAGACCAAUUUGGACAGACACUUGAAGAAGCACGACGCAGAUGGGCCGACGAUACUCGACGAGGUGAGAUCGAGGUAUCACGGCCAGUUGCCGAGGGCGGACGAGUCUUAUUUCGAGGAGAUUCGCAGCUUCAUGGGAAAGAUCACUUCCCAGAGGCAGGGGAUACCUUAUUUCCCCGGUUUGUUGGGCCACGGAGGGGACGAGUUCAGGAACGACAAGCAACAGCUCCAGUUGGAGGAGAAAAGAGGCGAUUCUUCCUACUUCAGCGACAGGGACAAUCUGAGCUCGAGGUCGAGCAGCACCGCGAGCAGGCCCGAGAGCGUCCAGGAGGAGCAACGGGAUGUCAAUUCGCCUCCCCUGUCACCUGGAAACAACACUUGAGUCAGGGAAUCGUGAUCGUACGUUCGAUGAAUGAUUUUUAUUAAGGUUAAGUGGAGAGAUCGAUGCGCUUCUUCUUCGAGAAGUUUUUUUUUCAUGAACGUGGAUCCAAUUUUUCUUUUUCUUUUUCUUUUUUUUUUUUCUUUUUUUUCUUUUACGAGAAGAGAUAGAAUUUUCGCUCGCAAAGAUGAAAUGAAUAUGAAUUUAUUUUUUUUUUUUUUCUUCUGAAUUCGUUUCCCAAUGAAAUUUAUAUUUACGAUGUCUCGUGGUAUUCGAGUUGUUCGACUUUAGUCAAAAGAGGUGCCUUAGAAAAAAAUGUGCCUAAAAAGUAUUUGCAAUGCAAAGUUUACUAUUACGAUUAAACGAGGUUAGAUCUAGCAAACCAGAAGCGGAUAUUUUAAUAUUGUUACACGUCAGCGUGCGUGUUGAUUACGGAUUAAUUAGGCAUGUAAAUGAAUUUUUUAUUACAAAAACAAAAUGCUUUUUUUUCUUUUUAUAAUAAAUUCAACAGUGUCACGAUCUAUAAAUAAAAGUUAUAAGACUUCUUUGAACGGAAAAUUAAUUUACAUGCCUAAUAAAACGCGUGAAACCGAUCGUUGUUCGUAAAUUAAUUUUCGUCCAAUUAAUUUUAUCCAAUUCGGAUUCUUUAAAGAUAUUCUCCAUUCCAAUCUCCGUAGUUCGAGGAUCAAUUUUUAUCGCUUACAAUAACAAAAGACACGGAGAAUUAACGAUAAUUAGCGCGAAUUGUCAAAUUGAAUAUUUUUAUCGUCUUCAUCUCUUUUCUCGUCGAGCCGUUAAAAAGAAAAAAAGAAAUAAUAAAGAACAAAGCAAAAGAAAGAAUCGUUUCAUCAUCGUCAUCUUAUUGGAUCGUUUCGCCAAGGAAGCAAAAUCGUGGAGGAGGAAGAAGGGAGGAGGAGGGGAGGGAAAAAAAAGCAGGAGAAAAGUCCAAAUAAACGUCCAAAUAAAUACGUUCCGGAUGGAAAGGAUAGCUGAAAACGACGGUUAGCGAUUUUACGACCUAGAAAGUGAAUGUCAACCACUCCAUCGCCUCGAUCCCGAUCCACGAUACCGAUCGCCGAUCCACCGGCGACAGACAAUAAAAUAGAAAUCGAUGGGCGGAUCUGCGGGUUUGUUAAUCGGCUGCCACGAAAUCGUCCUCGGCCGGAAGGAAACUUUGCGACACGAGCCAUUAAAUUCAUCUUUGAGGAAGUCCGCGAUAUCCUCGUAGUAGCUUCGAAGAAAUGAUUUCCGCGAAGGCAAGCGAUCAUUAGAAAAGCCAAUUAUCCUGGCUUCAAUUCAAUCUUAAAAAUUCACUAUUGGCAAUAUCGAUACACGAAUGAAAAAUCGAUGCGAAAAUUAGAAAGAAUAAUAAAGAAUUAAAGAAAACCAAAAUAAAAAAAAAACUUGGAAAAAUUGGAAAAGUUGAAAUCAAAUAUUCGAAAAUUAAAUACCGAAAAGUAUUUGAAAAAAUUGAAAACGAUUAAAAAGUUUCAUCGAUAGAUCCUAGAAGAAGUGGAGAGAAAUGGAUCGUUCAAAGGACGAAUCUCGGGUAUAAGCGGUCGCGUUCGAACGCGGUGGGAAAGCACGCAGGAAAAGCGGUUUCCUGUUGCGGACGAUUAGCAGAAAAGAACGGAAUGGAACACGGAUAAAGAUGCUCGUGAUCUCUCAUGCGCAAUCCCUCUCGUUUCCUGUCGAUGGUCGCUGAAAACUGUUCCCCGGGGCGAAACGAUUCGAUCGAUCUUCCGCCACGCGAGAAUCCGCCACUUUCUAAUCGGCGCGAGUGCGGUACGGGUGGCGCUUCGACCUUGGGAGUAAGCGGUUUCGAUUAAUUAUCGAUCUGAUUUAGAUCGGCACGACGAAAGGAAACGCGAAUCGUUCGGAUAGCUCGUUAAAUUGGCACCGUUCGACGUGGUUACGUGGACGAUUCGUAAUUGGCUACCUAGGAGAGACCCAUCUCGGAUGGAAAGUUGGAUUGAUCCUCGAUUGAAUGAAAUUUCGCGUCGAGCAACGAACUGAGAAUUGGAUUCACUCGGCGAUGUAAUGGGAUUAUCAAAUUGUACCAAAGAAAUCGAGACGAAAAAUUAUCGAUUGAGAAGAAGGUAUUUGAAUAAAGGAGGAGAAGAAAAAAAGAAAUCGAAGGACGCAAAUUAGGCAAAAGGUAAAAGCGAAAGGGAGUAUAUCGAAUCGACCACCGGCGAUUUAUUUUAUACUUUCUACCGUGUAUAUAUAUAUAUAUAGAGAGAGAGACAUUCACCGCAAGUAGCGCAGGUGCAGAGUUGCAGGAUGGCAUCACGCGGUCAGGAGAUCAUCUUGACCUUGGUGAAUCCGAUCGAUUGUGCGGCCGAAAUGGGGAGAGAAUCUGGGCGUCUCCUCUCCCAGAAGAAAUUCGCGAUACACCGAGAGAGGAUAUUCGUCGAGAGGAAGAUUGGUCCAAGGAGGUCUGAUCGGUGACGCGUGAGAAACCGAUUUGCGCUUUCUAAUUUGGAAUGUCGGCGAUUUUCUAAAUUACAGGAGCAGCCGGUUAGAUGAAACGCGGAUCGCCUCUAUUCUCGAUAGAGGCGAAUAAAAAAUCUGCUAUAUAGAAAAAAUGGAACGAAAGAAAGAUCGAAACAUCGCUUUGCCAUGACACGUGAAAUUAAUUCAAAUUAAAUGCUUGCCUUAUAAAAAUAUAACUUGCAAUACGAAUUAAUAUUUGAUAAUGACAAGAUAAAUAGCCGAACUACUCGAAUAAUGGAAGAAAUCGGCAAUGAAAUGACACAAAAUUUCAAUCAAAAUCUCGAAUCAAAUCGUAUGUCUGCAGCAUCCAGGAGAGAAUGCGCAAUUCGUGAAAGAGAGAGAGAGGCGUUUAUUUCGUUGCAUCGAUACACUCGUUAUCGUGUAGCCGGAGGAUCCAAUAUGGCGGCGACUACGCGUCCACACAAAAUCCAUUUUAAGAGCGAGCCGAUUUCGUAAGGAGACCGAUGCAACACCGUUACGAGGACGUGGCCCGAGGUGUGACUAAGCAUCCAGUAGAUAUUCUCUCUCCUCGAGCGUGGCGAUACGCGAGAAGCAACGCUCGGGAGGAGGAUGGCAGGCCCUGUUUUUCUUGCCUCACGCAUAUACGAUCCGAUGGCCUCGGACCUCUGUUGUUGCGUUACACUUUUGCCACGCCCCGAUCGGACGGGCAAACUCAUCGCGAAAGUGAAACGCAAUAAAGGAGCCACGCCGGAGAGCGAGAGAGCCUCGACAUCCAUGAAACGGAGCUCAACGGAGAGGCUACACGCCCGGAGAGAAGGAACGAGAGGAGCCCCGGCCGUUCUUCUGUAUCCGUGAUGAGGAGAGAGAGAACGGUGGACGAACGAGGUGAAUGAGAAAAGAGAAAGAUCGAUCGAAAUCUCAAGGCUUGGAAAUCGGUUUCCUUCGCCACCUACCACGCCAGUCGUCGAUCCGCGACCGAAUGUAGGUAUUCUUCGACCGAAAUUCUCAGGCUGGCUUCGGCUCGUCGUUCCCAUUGCCGAUGUUACUCCUUGAAAUAACGUCUUUGCAUUCGUUUCAUUUUCAGCAAUCGAUUUUCAACUCUUAUGCCAAUAUAUUACAUUUUUUUCUUUUGUAAUAUGAACGAAAAUUGAACAACUUUUUUACAUCAUAGUUAUUUGAAAUAUUUGCUAUCGAUUUUUAAAUAAAUGUGAUUACACACAUGUAUCAGAAGUUGAAUGAUACGUUAAAAGUAAGAAAAUAUUGAGUAUCGGCAUAAGAAUUAUGUUAUACAACGCCAAUAGCGUUACAUAAUCGAUUCGAUUUAGUGGAAAAAUAUUAUCCUCGUGCUAAGCGAAUUCGUCGACCACGAGUUCCAUGGUAGAAAAAAAAAAAAGCCGCGAAAUUUCUCGGGGAGGGAUCUAUCCGCGAAAUCACGGCACGUCCGCUCGCUUUUUCGAUCUCAUCUCGUUCCAGUUUGCACGCGUGAUUUCACUGGACGGGUCAGCGGUCUGAUUCAAAUUACGACAGCUUGUUGUUACGAGACCGGAGGAAGAAGCGUCGUACAAAAAGAAAAAAAAAAAAAAAAAA